GGCAUAUCGGCGCCAAAACGAAAGUGCCCAAAAAGCAAAAAGCACAUUUCCGAAGUGCACUUCAUUUCAUUUGCAUAUGUGACUGUGACGUUUUCCCAAUAUUUCGUACAUUUCAACUAACUGACGUGUCGACGAAGCUAUCUGCACCAACUUAUCCACUUGCUGUCUUCAAGUCUGUAUGCCCUAUUCAACAUCAUGGGAUCCUUCGUACCUUUUAUAGGCCAUCUGAAAGAGAUUUGCAGAUUGUUCUCAGAAAAUAAAAGUAUUCUGAAUGUGCCUGAAAGUGAUGGCACAUUGAACAAUCGUUUAGGAACAGUCAGCAAAUGUUCAGUUUUGAAAGACAGUGAACAAAUUCAAAGCAAGAACACUACAGAACAAUUCAGAAAUAAAGUGAAACGGAAGGGUUUAAAGGCAUGCAAAAUUUGCCAUGUUUAUUUUAAGAAAGAUGACUUACUGAAACACCAAACUGAAGUUCACUUGGAAAUUGGAGAAAAAUGGAAGUGUAAGCUAUGUAAUAAACUCAACUUCUCUGAGUGGAAGCUUCUACUGCACAUAAACUAUUGUCACAUGAAUCCGGUAAUUAAAUACCCCAUAGUGUGCUGUGGGAAAGAGUUUAAAUCUUCUUCAACAUACAGAAGUCAUCGAAAGACUUUGCUCCAUCAGGGUCUAGAACUUUGUAGAUUUUGUUCCAAAGUUCUUAAGAAGGAUGAUUUAGAAAUGCACAAGUUUGAAGUUCACCGGUUCAUUGGCGAAAAAUGGAUAUGUGAGCAUUGUAAUAAACAUUUCCAUAGCACAACGACAUUCAAUGAGCACUCAAAUAAAUUCCAUAAGGAAAAUACAUUUCAAUGUAGCAUGUGUGCUUCAACCUUGUAUAGCAGUGAAAGUUUUGAAAAACAUCUUGAUGAUGCACACAGAAGCAGUAAAUCUGAGGAUUUUAUCUCUAAACCAGGAACAAUGAAAUGCUGUGGGAAGGUAUUGACCCAGGCAGGCUAUAAUCAGCACAUAAAGUCAUUGGAUCAUCAGGGCCUGGCAUUUUGCCAACUGUGCCAGAAAAGUUUUGUUAAAGAAGACUUAAAAAAACACAAGGCUGAAGUACACAAUAUCACAGGUGGGAAAGUGAAAUGUGAGGUUUGUAAUAAAUUCUUCACCACGAAGCAAACAUUAGCUGUCCAUAUAAAAUCAGUCCACCAAAAACAUGUAUAUUUGUGUAAAAUUUGUGGAAAAAAAUUAUCUUCAAACAGAAGCAGGGAGCGCCAUUACAAAAAUAAGCAUCAUUAAGCUUGAAGGUAACUGGAUAAUUUAAACAAUUCCUAAGGCCUUCAAUCUUACUUAAAAAAUUAUAUAACAUCAAAGGAUGUGGUUUCAUACAAUGCUGGGAUGUAAUCCACUCCUGUUCCCUGAGCCGCUUGUCUUUCAGUCCGACCUACAACAGAGCAUUUUGCAUACAAUGGCUCUCUAAAGUUAUUGUUUUCAUGCUGAUUCUUUUCUCUUCUGAAACUUAAGCACACAUCAUAUUUUUGUGUUCAAAUGCAAGCAGUACCUGAGUUUGUUAUUUGAGUUGGUCUUGAGGUAUUGGGAGCAAUCAUCUCUUGUCCUCGAUAUGUUGGUCCUGAGAUCAGUCUGUAACAAAAGAAGUCAUUGCCAACAUUAAUGAAUUGUUUCUUUUAAGGUGAUGCAAUGAUUUUAUAUUUUUGAAAGCAUUUGCAAGGUGUGUUCUGAGCCAAUGGAAAAACCCUGUGCAGAUAAAUAUAUUUAUUUUCUAAAUGUGAAUGAAA